AUGGAAAACGGAGCUGCUGCUGCUGCCAGCACGCGCAAGAGGGCUGGUGAGUGGCGGCGCGCUGUGGCGCAGCAGGAGUGCCGCGCCCUUGGCCUCCCCUUGGCCGUUCUAUCCCCCCGAUGCCAGUCCCAUGUCCAGGGCUCUCUCCCCACGAGGAGGUUUUCACACACAGGUCCUAGGGGCGCCGAGCACGCCGCAGAAGGCGAUGCCCAGCCGCCCCCGCCGAAGAAGACCAUCUUCUCGGGGAUCCAGCCCACGGGCGUGCUCCACCUGGGGAACUACUUCGGGGCGGUGCGGCGGUGGGUGGAGCUGCAGGAGCAGGGCCACAACGUGAUCUUCUCCGUGGUCGACCUGCACUCCAUCACCCUGCCGCAGGACCCCGCCACCCUGCACUCGCAGAUCCUCAACAUGGCGGCCUCCCUGAUCGCGUGCGGCAUCGACCCCGCCCGCGCCGUGCUCUUCCAGCAGUCGCGGGUGUCCGAGCACGCCCAGUUCAACUGGGUGCUGGGCUGCCUCACCACCCUCGCCAGGCUGGGCCACCUGCCGCAGUACAAGGAGAAGUCGGCCUCCCUCAAGGAGGUUCCCCUCGGCCUGUACGUGUACCCCGUGCUGCAGGCCGCCGACAUCCUGCUGUACCGCGCCACCCACGUCCCGGUGGGCGAGGACCAGUUGCAGCACAUUCAGCUGGCCGCCCACCUGGCCAGGGUGUUCAACAAUAAGUAUGGGCGCACCUUCCGGCUGCCGCACUCCAUGGUGUACGACGACGCGACGGGGCGCCUCCGCAGCCUGCGGCAGCCCACCAAGAAGAUGUCGAAGAGCGAGGCCGACCCCAGGAGCAGGAUCGAGCUCACCGACACGCCCGACCAGAUCCUCGAGAAGCUGAAGAAGGCGGUGACGGACCACACGUCGGCGGUGUACUACGACCCCGAGGCGCGCCCGGGCGUGUCCAACCUCAUGACGAUGCACAACGCCCUCACGGGCCUCUCGUACGACGAGAUCCGCGCCCAGUGCGAGGGCAAGGACACGGGGCAGUACAAGCUGCUGGUGGCGGACGUGGUGAUCGAGCACCUGAGGCCCAUCCGCCAGGAGCUGACGCGGCUCCUGGAGGACAAGGCGCACCUCGUCGGCCUCCUCGACCUCGGCGCCGCCAGGGCCAAGGCCAUCGCCGCCUCCACGUGGGCGGAGGUCAGGCGGAAGGUCGGCCUCUCGGAGUGACGCCAGAAAAUGUCGAAAGAAAAAAAGCAAAAAAAAAAAAAAGUGUAAAAAGUAAUAGUACUGCGUGCUAUGAUGCGUCUUGUCAGUUGUUGUACAGUUAAUCUAAUGUAUAUAUAUUUUCUUAUGUCUUGUUGCAUUUUAGCUCAAAGCUUGAUAUUCGCUAGAUUAUCAAACUGCACUAAUAAAGUUGUUAAAAGACA